AUGGAAACUCAGCAUAGCUAUUGAAAGCUUAAAUAUCAAGGUCUGGAAAAAGAAUUUAUCCAAUUAAAAUCCGAGCAUAUUCAAUUAAAGCUUCUUUACGAGCAAGCAAUUGAAGGAAGCUUGCAUGAUAUCAAUCAAAUGAAUAUGCUUCGGCUUGAAAAUGAGCAGCUGAAAAAUACAAUUUCAGAACUCAAAGGCAGUCCUAUAACAAAAAAGAGCGAAGAAAUAAACACACUUGAGCCAAAUCUCAAAAAAACUCAAUGCACUUUGUCCCAUCUCAAUCUUUUUUCACCUCAAAAAAGAAAUUAUUAUUCAAAUGAUGAUUGAUAUCCUUUAGAAUCAGUUGAAAUAAAUACUGAUAGCUGUGUAAAACAAGCAUUGCCUGACCAGAGCAUUUCUUUUGAGUGCAAUGACCCAAACUUAUAUGUUUCAUUUUUGAUUAUAAGUGUUUCUGCGGAUAAGCUUGGGAGUGGAUUGAAUUUCCCUCCAGAAAUCGUAUAUGAGUAUCCUGAAAGUAGUUUUCAAUUAUCUUCAGAUAUUAGGAAAAUACUUGCAGACUGCUGUUUUCCUUCUGGAGUUGACGUCCGCCCUAUGAAACUCUCAAGUUCAGCAUCAGAAUUGAACUCUUUGCUAUAUGGCCAAACUCAGAAUAAAAGAGGAAAUAACUGCUACAUCUUUACUUUAAAGUCAACUCAGCUUGAAAAAGAGCACGGAGAGCUCCCCAACUCUAACCAAGAAGUAAUGUACAUGAUUUGCUUACAAAUAGAAGACUUAUCUAUGCAGCCUGACAAGCAAGUGGAGUGGGUCGUCCCCAAAGUCUACUGCUUUGUGAGCUUUAUCCCUAUUUUUGAGCUCCAUUAUGAGAUGAUAUUUAGCAUGCUUUCAUUAAAAAGAAUCAAUAGAAUGAAAUCGCUAAUAAAUGAAGAAGAUUUAGGAAAAGAAGAAUUAUUGUGUAAAGAUGAAAGAAGAGCUCUGUCAGCUUACGCUGAAAUUGAGCUUGUGCAAGAUGCUGAAUUGAUAGAAAUUUCUAUUGAAAAUUUAGAUAAAAUCAUAUAUGAGUUCCCUGAAGAUAUGAGUAUGAUUGAUAUCCCUUGACUUUGUGGGCCGCUUUUUUCAACGCUUGAGUUUAAUGAUUUUUUUUGGCUUUUCUGUGCAGUUUUGCAAGAAAAAUCGGUUGUGCUUGUGUCAAGCAAUAAAGGGCUGCUAACUUCUUGUGUGCUUGGGUUCACAGCACUUUUAAGACCGUUUAGGUGGCCAAAUUUAUUAAUUCCAAUAGUUCCAAAUUCAGUGAUAGAUUUAUUGGAUGCACCCGUGCCGCUGUUAGCUGGGAUUUGUCAAAGGCCAACAAAUAAAGAAAAUAUCAUAUGAGUGAUGCUUGAUGAGCCUAUGAUAAGUGCAAGAAUUCAAGGUGAUACAACAACUGUACAAACUGUUAUAGAGCCAGCUGCCUCCCAGCUAAAACAAAGAAUCCAAAAUAUAUUUGGCUUGUUGCCUAAGAAAGCAGCAUGUUUCAAUCCCAACCCUCAAGAAAAAAUGAUUAUUUUGGAAAUUGCCUCAGCAAUUAAAGAAUAUUUUUCAUAUAUUACAGCAGAAAUUGAAAUAAAUCGAUAUAUUGGAGUUGAUGGGUUGCAGAAUAAAAUAUUAAGCCAGUUUCCAAAGGAAGAUCACGCAUUUAUUAAUGCUGUAAUGCAAACUCAACUCUUCAGUAAUAUGCGAGAUGAAUUAAUAUUGGUUCCAUAG